AUGGAACAUCACUACGUGUUUGUGGUAUAUCUCUUUGUAGUAUACAUAUGCAGUAGUAUAAAAUUGAAUAAAUAUCACAAUGGUAGAGUUUCAAGAAUAAAUAAUCUAAUGAACAUUUCAAGCAAUAUAAUCUCACAGAGGGUAAAGAAAGACAAGAUUGAGCCAAUAAAAGGGUAUAAUAAUGUGGGAAUGGAGAAUACUAUUGAGAAAGGCGAGAUAAAUGGUAAAUGCAAUAUUAUGAUAAGGUACUAUGAUAAAUCAGAUAUUUUCCGUAACAGUUUUUUUUUAAGCAUGGAUGAUAAAAACAAUGUAAAAGAUAUUAAAGAACAAAUUGAGAAUUUACACGGAAUACCAACAUCCUUUCAACAAAUUAUAUAUGAAAACAAAUCACUAAAUGAUGACAUAGUGAUACAAAAUUUAAUAAAGGAUAAGAAAAUAAAAUUGUUAAAUUUAAAUCUUGUUACCAUUCUUCCACAUAUCUUUAUAUUUGGUGAAGAGAAAUUAGUUAAUGGAUAUAAAAAAGAAAAUAAUAAAAAAGUUCAAAAAUUGCAAAAAAAAAUAAAAUAUUGGGGUUAUUUGACAUUACUUAAUGAGUAUAAAAAAUUAUUACACCAUUUGGAAGAAAAAAAUUAUGUCAUUUGUCAAAAUGAUAUUAUACAGUCCUUCAAAACAUUCGAUAAAGAAUUCGAAAAAAUGUUACAUGAUAACAGAAUAAAUUUAGACAAGAUAAAAAAAGAAAUAGAUCAACUCCAAAAUUUGAGUCGGAAAAAAUUGAUGCUACGCUUAGGUGUUGACUAUCCACUCAUGAGCAAUUUGCUCAUAAACAGAAUUCACGAAUUAAUCAAUUUUUACUACCUAGGAGAUAUAAAAUCGGUUCUUAAAUUUUCCCUUUUUUUUUAUAUUCUCUAUAAAUAUGCCAACUACCCUCCCAAUGUCAAAAGGCUUUUUCUCUAUUUAACGUUUUCUUUCUUACUAGCGCCCUGCAAAGCUGUGUACAUGCUUUUCCACUUUUGUUUUUUUUUCGUUCCUCGGGGUCUCCUUUUUCGGGGUUUCACAAAUAUUAUGUCCGCACCAUACCAACAAAUACUUAAGUGUCAGUAG